UGACAUCUCUAUGAACUGAACGUGAAACCCAAAAACAACAAAAACAAUUCGGUGGCGCAAAUUUUAUAUAUAUGAUCACCAGUCGUGGUGGUCUUUCAAUGAAAAGCGCCGCUUUACCGCUGGAUAAUUGCAAUAACGCCGACGAGGAUGCAUCGAUGUUAACCGAUGUAUCUGGCCACAAUAGCAACAAAAGCGACGGCAGCAACCACUAUGGGAGCAAUAACAACAACAACAUUAAUAUCAACGAAACAACGUUGUGGUCAAAAGCACACGAUAUGCAGGCGUCGUCAGCUAAUGCUAACCCAGUGCUGCGUAAUAUAAACAAUGAUAUGACAAAGGGCAUUACGCGUAAAUCGCAUCAAUGCAAGAUGCAAUUCACCAAUGCCAAUGAUCGUGAUGGCAAACUGGGCACAGAUGACCUGCGUAUGUCGAAAAUUAUGCGUCGCCUGCAAAACGAAACUAGCCCAGCGGCUGCUCUUGAACUCUGCGCCAAACUGGAAAUGGCCGUACGCACUCCGAUCAAUGUUGGCUACCUCACGCGCUCUUUUAAUGUCAUACUGGAUGGGAUGCUGUCGUUAUUUAAGCAAUGCCCGCCACCGGUGCUGGACGAGUGCAGUAAAACUCUUGGACUGAUUGGGUAUAUUAAUCGCAUGUCAUAUCCCAUCUACGAGGAGUUCAUUGUGACGAACUAUAGGACAAAUAAACGCUUGCAAAAGUAUUUAAUUGUUGCGCUACGCACGACGCUAAGCUGCGACACAAAAUGCGAUCUGCACAUUUUUUCGGAGAAGAUAAUGCUCAUGCUUAAGGACUUUCUGGAGGGCGCGGAGAGCCCCGACAGUUUUAUGAGCAUUAGCGCGUGCAUUGUUCAAUUCUCUCACAAUUAUCGCGAUGCCUUCGAGUGCCAUUUCACGGAUGUGGUGGACAUCAUUAUUGGCUGGCAACUGGAGAUUGGCCAGCCCAAGCAACUCAAGUCCCACUGUGCCUACGUGCUGGAGCAGCUAACACCGUACUUUAGCAAACAACUGGACUUUAGCUACGGCUUGUUAGCCCAAUUUAUUGAGGAUAUAACAGCACUGGACCCAACUGAGCGCCUUAGCGAGCGCAUUGGCGCCUUUAUAGGCGCCUUUAAUUCGCUACUUAAGUGCCUUACCCGCAUGCAUAUAACGUGCGAGUCGAUUGUUGGUCAGGCCCUAACACAUCUCAUCAAAAUGAUGCCCGACUUGCUGCAGCUGUCGGACAAAUGCGAUGAUGCUUUGAUCAAUAUAAAUGAACUCUUCUGCAUUUGCCUACUGAAUGGAUAUAAGGAACCGGAAGCUGCCACCUUAAGUCAGCUAAUUCACAUGCAGUUCAAGCAUAUACAUCAUUUGCCGGAACCUCAGCAGUUGAGCUGCCUGUAUCUGUUGUUGUGCACAGUGCGCAAGCUGCGCACACGCUUGCCUGCCGCCCUGGUGCAACUGAUCUUCCAGGCGGAUGCUGCACAGCAGCCAUUUCUGGCGGAUAUCAGACUGCAGAACGAGACCACGGCGCACAAGCUGUUGUUGCGCACCUGCCAGGAGACGCUGCUGAUUAAGAAUGUGCCGCUGCUGCAGCAGGCCUACAAGCAGCUCGUGCAGGACGUGGACAACUGUGUGCUGCGCCUGGCACAGACGGCGGAACCUCAGUCUGAUUCUAGUGAUGCCAACAUUUUGCUCAUCUUUCAUUUGGCCGCCUUGGCGGCAUUGGCCAAGCAAACAUCCUCCAUUAUUGGUAUGUAUGCCUGCAAGCCAUCUAUACUGGAGCUAUUGAUAUGCAAUUGUCGCGCUCGUGAGCUCAACAUGUGGUCAAAGCAUGCGGCCACUCAUCAUGCCAUACUUAGCCUGCUCGUGGUGCAUUGCCAGGCGAAUCACAAUUUUCGGAACAAUUCAAGACUGCUGCGCGAUGGCGACAACGAGAAUGCCCACUCCGCCAGCUCCACAUCGCCGACGGCACACAGUUUUGGUCACAUACUCAAGUUUCUGGCUAAUUGUCUGGCGCAGUCGGCUCAACUGGCGCCACUAAAUCUUAAACAGCUGCUUGGCUGGACAAAAUCCUUGCUGGGCGAGUGCAGCACACGCUCGUCCAUAUUGCUGCAGCAUGCAGAUUUCAUUGGGAUUUGCGAGCACAUUGCCAGCACGGCAGCCAAAUAUGCGCCACUGGAAAGUGCCAUCUGCAUACAAGCCGUGCUUGGCUAUGGCACAUCCAAUCUGAGCCAGGAGCUGUUGCAAUUGUAUCGUGAUACGGCUCUACAGCAGCUGCAGUCACUCUCUAGCAGCGCCCAUGCGGCCUACGCACACAUCUAUGCCCAGUUGCCGCUGAGCCUGACCAUUGAGCGACGCAUCACCGCUGGCAUUGGCAGCAGUCACGUCUGCGUCUGGCAGCAGCGGCUGAGUCAGUGCAGCGCUAUGCGCGACAUGGUCUUUCGGGAUUUUGUGGAGCGUCUGCAGGCGCCGGAGCAGCAGCCGUUUGCCGACUGCCUGCGUGAACUGUUCAUGCGCAGCUGCCAGGUGACAACGUUGGAUGAACGCCAGGAGAAAUUGACGCAGUGCACGCGUCGCUGUCAGCGCUUGGCCGCCGCCUGGCUGCAGUUUGAGGCGGCGCGUUACUGUGUGGACCAGAAGCUGCGCACCACGCUGGGCAAGCCGCAGGACACGUUUCUCGCCUUCGAGGCGAUUGUGAUGCGCUAUGCACGCCUUCUCACCGGCUGUGCCAAGGAGUGCGAACGUCAGACAUUCGACGAUAUGUCCCUGCAACAGCUGUCCAAUACGCGCGCAAACUUGAGCAUGCUGCUCGGAUUUCUGGACGCUCUCGAGAAGCUCAUAUACAAUGCGGCCGAGGGCAGUGCCUUUGCUUUGCGCCCGCCUGAGAAGCCAGUCGCCGCCUUCUUUCGCCUCAACAAUCCCACCUGCCAGUCCUGGUUCAAUCGUAUACGCAUCGGAGUCGUCAUCAUUGCCAUGCACAGCCAGCAGCCGGAGCUCGUUAUACGAUAUGCCCAGCAAAUUCUGCUAACCCAAAAGUCGCAGGACUGCACAUACAGCCAGGCGAUCGUCUACUUGGCCUGGGCUUUCAUCAGCUGCAGGGAAUCGGAUUCGCUGCGUGGACUGUACAUGUGGGCGCGUUCGAAGAGCGAUAAAUGCUAUAAGUGGCUGCAGCAUGCAGCCGAACAGGCGGCCGGACGCAAGGAGCUGGCACUGGCCGGCUACAGAAGUGUGCUGGAUGAGGAGCAGGACGCGGAACUGGAGCCGUAUACGCGUCAGUUUGUGGUGGCACAGCUUUUCGAUUGCCUGCACAGCACUGGUCAGUGGACGCAGACUGUGGAGCUGAAGGCGCAGCUAAAGCGUGCCGGGGACAAUGCAUCGCUCAAUCCCUUCCUGCAGAAGAGCAAUACGCAGCUGAGCGUGCUGGAACAGUUGCUGGCCAAAAAUGAGUCAACAUCGGAUGAACUAAACGCUGCGCUUCACAAUCUUAGCAUUUGGCCCAGCGACAAUGAGCAGCAUGCCAGCUUCUCGGCCGGCUUUGUGCGCGAGAAACUCGAGAACAUAGUACUGCAGCAGUCACUGGCCAGCGAGCAUGAGCCAUUCGAGCUGUCCAGCCCAGUGCAGCAGCUGCUGGACACCAACUGGCGCGAAUGCCUGCUCAACUACAGCUGCGAUCAGCAGCAAUGGCAGCAUCUGACGCUGCUGAAGCACAUUGCUCAAAGGCAAGGCGGCCAGCAGGAGCAGCUAAUGCUGUUGCCCCUGGACAGCAGCGGCAACGAGCAGCAGCAGCAGCAUCAUCACAACAUAACCAGCGGCUUAUUGUUGCGCUGCGUGGCCUGGACGCAGCUGUUACGCAGUCAGUGCAGCGUCGAUAGCUUGGGCACACUGUAUUUGGAUACGGGCAUGGUGGCGCGUGAGGAGGGCAACCAAUUAACCUGCCAGGCCAUGCUCGAGCUGUACUUUGGCCAGCCGCUAACGGACAUCGCUGGACGGCUGCUCAGCCAGUCGCUGGACACGAACAAUGCCCAACUGCUGCGCGGCUACAGCGAGCUGACCAAGUGUCUGCAUCUGCAGCAACAGCAGCAGCAGCAGCAGCUGCUGCAGUGCAGCGAACUGAGUUCCAUCAAUGUCUGCGCUGCGCUCUGCCUAAAUAUACAGAAGCAGAAACAACAGCAGCAGCAGCAGCAGCAGCAGCUGGUGUCCAAUAUGGGUGCCGAGCUGCUGCUUACUCUUUCCGAUUGGAUAACGGCGCGCAGCUGCAGCGGCUUGACCACCAAUCUGUCGACCAACAUGCAACAGCUGCUGGAGCAGCUGCCGGAAUGUCCAUUAACGCGCUGCACGGCCUCAACGACAAAUUUGCCGCAUGGCGAGCGGCUUGUGGCGCGCCUGAUCAAUGCCAGCUUGCAGCAGCGUCCCAACAACGAGGAGGCGCUUAUUGCGUAUGGCAAUUGGUGCUAUCGCUGGGGCAAGAAGAUUGUCGACAACGGCACCGUGCUCAGCCCGGCGGAUAUCAGCGCCAUUGGCGAGGCGCUGGGCGAUCAGCUAACACUGGAUGGUGAGACGCUGCAAGAGCUUUUGCAGGCGCUGCGCAUGGAGACCCAGCCGGGUAACAGUUGUGAACAGGACGAGCUGCAAACGGAUGCACAGUGUGAGCUGCGGCUGCGACGUCUCGCCCUGCUGUCCGACAAGCCAGCCAGCGUGCUGGAGUCCAUUGUGCGCAUCUGGCGGCGCGCCAUGUCCAAUACCUUUGACUAUUAUAAGGAGGCGGCACGCUCAUACUUUCAUUACCUCAGCUUGAAGGCGGGCAACAGUCAGGAUGUGGUCCAGCCAUCCCAGCAACAGCAGCGUUUUCAUGUGGAUGAUAGCAAUAUGGUGACCACAACGCUGCGCCUGCUGCGCCUCAUAGUUAAGCACGCCAGCGGGCUGCAGGAUGUGCUCGAGCAGGGCCUGAAGACGACGCCAAUAGGUCCAUGGAAAGUGAUAAUACCGCAGUUGUUCAGCCGCCUCAAUCAUCAUGAGCCGUAUGUGAGGAAGAGCGUUUGUGCGCUGCUCUGCCGUCUGGCGGAGAGUCGACCGCAGCUGGUCACCUUUCCGGCCGUUGUCGGCGCCAAUCGUGAGCUGCAGGCCACGCCCAUUAGCAAUAGCUGUGGAAGCGUCAAUGCAGCCGGCAGCUGCAGCUAUGCCAUUUUGCUGGCCGCUCUGACCAAACAAUCGCCCGAGGUGGUGCAACAUGUCCAGUUGCUGGUGAAGGAGCUGCGUCGCGUCUGCCUGCUGUGGGAUGAGUAUUGGAUACACUCGCUGGCGCACAUCUACAACAGCUAUGUGGGCCGUGUCAAUGGUCUGGCCAGCGACUUCAAGACGGACGAUCAUGAGGGUAAACAAAAUCGCUUCAACAGUUGGCGACCACAGUUGCUCAACGAUAUGGAGGCCCUGGUCGCGUUUACGGCGCGCGAGCCUGAGACUAGCUACGAGCGCAGUUUUAAGCGGCGUUUCGAUGCAGCUAUUAAGAGCACACUGGACGCACUGCGUCAUCGUCCCUAUCCGGAGGCCUGGGAUAAGCUAAAGCAGCUGUAUCAUGUGCUUCAGUCGAACAUGCUGCGCGGGACGAGCAACACACUUAAAAUGCAGACAAUCAGUCCUGUGCUGUGCGAUAUUGGACGCAUGCGUAUAUCGAUGCCUGGCCUGGAUGCGCAAGAUCAACUGCAGCCGGUUCACAUUGAGAGCGUGGAGAGUGCGGUGUGCAUACUGCCCACCAAGACGAAGCCCAAGAAGGUUGCCUUCUAUGGCAGCAACGGUCAGAAGUAUACGUUCCUGUUUAAGGGCCUGGAGGAUCUGCAUCUGGACGAGCGCAUCAUGCAGUUUCUGUCCAUAUCAAAUGCUAUUAUGGCCAGCAAAAGUGAUACGCCCCACAGUUGCUAUCGCGCCCAUCAUUACUCUGUCAUACCGCUGGGUCCACAGUCGGGUCUGAUCAGCUGGGUUGAUGGGGUGACGCCCCUUUUUGCAUUGUACAAGAAAUGGCAACAACGCCAGCCACAACCGCCGACGUCCGCCUCAUCGCGCCGCCUAACCGAUCUCUUCUACAACAAGCUAUCCCCGCUGCUGGCCAAGCAUAAUAUGCUCGUCAGCGAUCCCCGUCGCCAGUGGCCGCUUUCGGUGCUCCGUCAAGUGCUCGCCGAACUAACGCAGGAAACGCCCCCGGAUCUGCUUGCUCGCGAACUUUGGUGUCAUGCGGGCAGCGCCGCCGAAUGGCGUCAAUCUGUGCGUCGCUAUACUAGCUCCAUGGCCGUCAUGUCUGUCAUUGGCUACGUCAUCGGGCUGGGCGAUCGUCAUCUGGACAAUGUGCUCAUCAAUCUGAGCAGCGGCGAUAUCGUCCACAUCGACUACAACGUCUGCUUUGAGAAGGGUCGCACCCUACGCAUACCGGAGCGUGUGCCCUUCCGCCUUACCCAGAAUAUGGUUCACGCCUUUGGAAUAACGGGUAUUGAGGGCGCCUACCGCCUGGGCUGCGAGUAUGUGCUUAAGGUGAUGCGCAAGGAGCGCGAAACGCUGCUCACCCUGCUCGAGGCCUUCGUCUACGAUCCGUUGGUCGAUUGGACGGUCAACGAUGAUGCGGCUGCACUGCGUCGUGCCAUCAAUGCGAAGCCCGUUGUCGCUGCCUCUGCCUGUGGCGCAGCCGCAGCCACAGCCUGUGCCGCCGGUUCCGGUGAGGUGAAAUUGCAUAAGAAGGACAAGUCUAAGAACAAGUCGCACGACUGGGAUGCCAAGCGUCGACACUUUGUGGGCAAGCUCAAACAGUGCCAAAAGUUUUGGGCCAAGUACAAGCUGGAAAUGCUGCCACAGCUAACGGACAUGGUGCGAGAGAUUGAGAAACUGCAGCAGAUUCAAACGCAGCGCCAGUCCACGGAGCAGGAGCUGUUGAAGCUUAACCAGCGAAGCGCUCUGGUAGCCGAAAUCAAUUCCCUGGGCACGGCCAUCGAAAGUCAUAGCUUCAAUACGGCAUCGCCGCGCUAUGCCGCCAAGCUGUUUCACUCGGAGAUGCUGGCUCGCCAGGCGAAACUGCGUCAUGUGGACUAUGAGCUGGUGCAGUGCCUACUCGCCAGCUAUGGCCAGUGCCUGGAGCAGCAGCAUCUGGCCGAAUUCAAUGUGCGUCUCAUUCAGUUCAAGCUGGAGGGCAGCAGCUGGCAUAAUGAGUAUCUGGCCCUGGUGGAGCUGGUGCAGUGCCAUCUGCCGCCACAGACACUGGAAAGCUAUGAUAGCACACGCAGCCAGCUGGACGAGCUAUUCGGCCGACUUAAUGAUUUGGGCCUGCAGUGUGUGGAGCACAUGCAACAGUAUGCGGCCAUCAUGACCUACUAUCCAGAGCAGCGGCAGCGCGAGAACAUCUAUGUGCGCUUCCGCGACACCUAUGCGGGCUAUUUGCAGAAUGGUGAGACCAGCAGCUCCAUGGCGGCGACUCUGGGAGACAUCGAUGCCGCCAACAAGCUGAGCGCUGCCCAAACCCUGGAGUCGGUCUGGAUGGAUCUUAACUGCCAGCUGCAUCAGUUGACGCAGCACUUUGCCAACCAGCAGGCACUGGCGCAAUCGCAGACGCCCUCGCACACUCUGCUGGCGGCGAUUGGACAGAGCGGCUGGAGCCAGACGCUGCUCAAUGCGGCGCUCAAUCGCACCCUGGACGAGGCGAACAGCGUGUUUAGCGGCUACGAGCAGUCGGCUCUGAAUGCUCAGGAUCCAAAGUUGACGCAGCAUCAAUUGCAACACAUUCAGCUGGUGCGUUCCAUGUGUCAGAGCGUUGUCGAGCCCAUGGAGCAGGCCAAUGAUCCGCUCAGCCAGCUGCAGGAUGUCCUUGCCGCUCUCAUACAGCUGCAGCAUUGUUUCGAGCACGAUCUGCCCGCCAGCCUGUUCCGCCUGUUGCUGUUGUGCCCCAACCUGGAUCAGCUGGAUGUUCUGCUGCAGCUAAGCAGCGAGACCUUGGGCAAACGUUAUCUGCGAGCUAUAUCACAACAACAGCAGCCAGAGGAGCAGCAGGAGCUGUCUAAGGAGCACCAACAUCAGCAGCUGGCAAUUCCCUUAGCUUUGGAGCAGCAGUUCAUGCAGUCCCUGCAGCCCGCCUACGAGCAGUUCGAGCAGCUCACCAAGGCGCUGGAGCGCAUGGCGCGCAACAUUAAACUGAUUAUUGACGAUGUCCAGGAUGUGCAGACACAGCAGUACAUGGAGCUCAACAUACUUAAGUACACCAGCAACCAGUUGGGCAACAGCUCCUUCUUUGAGCUCGUGCUGCAGACGCUGGCUGCCAGCAAGAGCUACGACGUGCGACUGAUGUGUGGCCCAUUGCUGGGCUUUGUGCAGCGUCUACAAUUGGAGUAUAUCGUUGGUCUUGUCCCGUUGCUUUCGUAUGCCUAUUAUACCAAUUGCUGUGGAGCACGCGGCCAGGAGUUGGCUGCCGUCAGCGAGUCUCCGGCGGAUUUGCUACAGCUGUGCGACAGCCUCUUUGCGGCACUGCAAUUGGAGGCGACACUGCAGCAGCAGCAGUGCGAGAUUGCGCUGUUCAAUCAGCGCAUCGAGACACAGACGCUAAUCGCAUCGGCACACUAUUGGGCCUAUGGCGAUUUGCUGGACAGCGAGCAAUUGCCCUGCGGCCACAUCAUAAGCCGGCAGAAGUUGUGCGAGGCAAUCAGCCAGAACUGGCAGACAUUGGCUGAGAGCUCGUUGGCCAUGCAGCGAUUGCAGCGUCGGCUGGCAUCACAGCUAGAGCAGCUGCAGAGUCAGCGCAGCAACUGGAAUCGGAAUCACAUCGACAGCCUGCUGCGCAACGAGCAGCUGCAGCAUCAGCUGACCAGCGAUCAGUUGGACGUAAUUAAUGAGCUGAGCAAAUGCGCCAGUGCGCUGUGCAGCAUGGAGCAGGUGGGCAUGGUUGUCGGACAGCAGCAAAAGCUGCUGCUGGACAACAUGGAGCAGUGGCUGCAAGCCCAUCAUCAAUGGCAGGUAAGCAAUGCGCGUAUUAGCGCCGUCGAGCAGGCGAUUGUCCAGCUGCUGGAUCCCGAGGGCGCCAUCGAUCAGUGCUGGGUGGAGAAUGUGCAGGGUCUGCUCGAGGAUUAUACGUGCAAAGUGCAGCGCGAAUUGUCAACGCUGGAGUUGGAACAGCAGAGCAGGCACCGUUACAUAUGCACGUUGCUCAAGGAAAUUCAGCGUCACCAGGAGCAGAUGCCACGCGUUUACACACGCAGCCUGUGUGCCGAUGCCGAGGAUCAGGGCAAACUGGUACCGCUCGAUGUGCAGCUGCUUUGUGGGCAUGUGCGCGAUUCCCAACGCACGCUCUUGAACUUCUUCCAGCGAUUGCUGGAUCUGCGAAAGGAGUUAAACAGUGAGCGACAUGGUCUGCGCCACGACACGCUCUCCAAUUGGCAACAGCAGCUGCAGCAAAUCGAGCAAAUGGCCAACCACGAUAUGGAUGUAUUCUUUAGAAGCAUUGACGACUAUCUACAACAUGCCGCCGAGGGCGAAUCACUGCCAUACGAAACUUUUACGCAUAACAAGGGUGCAGCCAAUCUGCACGAGCAGAAACGCAAUGCAUAUGGAGUAUCCGUUUGGAAAAAGAUACGCAUGAAGCUGGAAGGACGCGAUCCGGACAGCAAUCAGCGCACCACCGUUGCCGAACAGGUGGACUAUGUGAUACGCGAGGCUACCAAUCCGGACAAUCUGGCCGUACUGUAUGAGGGCUGGACGCCAUGGGUCUAACACAACGGACAUGCCAACAAUGGCAAACGGGCAUAUAAAUCGCAUAGAUAACGCAAUAUGAUCGGGGCUGACGACAGUGACGUGACUGGAUUGGACUUGACUGGACGCUGCAAAGUGCAAAGCCUGCUGUCAAAUAUAUAUGUGUAUAUAUUAAUAUAUAUAUAUAUAUGUGUGUGUAUAUUGCAUGUAUAUAUACGUUCAGGCUGGCGUUAAUUGCCGCUAAGGGGCGCAGCGAUCGGCGCGCUCCCAUCCAUUGCCACACACACAGCCUGCCCAUCCUAAAAGUAUAGUUGAUUUAACGACAGAACAAAAAAAAAAAAAAACAAAACAAAUGAACCAUUGAACAUGAAAGACACAAAGACAAUAUCGUUUCGGUUGCUUUCAAAGCUCAAUGCGAUGCCCAAACGCCCACACCGCCGCCCACCCACUGUGCUGGGUGCUGAGCAAUGCUGGGUGGCGCCGAAGGAUGCAGCGCCUCGUGGGGCUAGCACUUCGGAACUCGCCCAAAAUGUAAGCAACUCGACGGGCCUUGGGAACAGUUCUCGCAGCCGCUGCAAAUUUCAGAUUUUAAUUCAUUUUAAGCACACACACGCACACAACAACCCACAAGCAUCCUUCUUUUUAUUGAACUUUUAGCCGCCCCUCGCAAAAGAAAGAGAGAAACGAAAAACCUCAUAUUAUAUAUCAUGUAUUUAAUUUUAAGCUUUGAAAAAUUUUUUAAUUUAGGCUCUAAUCGUUUUUACCUAACUAUCCUAUAGCCGUAUUAUGAAUACAUUUCCCACACACGCGUACAUUCAUACAUCAGCAGGCGUGGCGCAUCUCUUUGGAGAUGUGCUUCAGUUGGAUUUGUUAAUUCAUUUCAUAAUUUACAGCCAAAUUUUUUUUUUGUUUAUUAGUUUUUUGCGGUGAUUAAAUGCGAUCUUCAUUAACGAGUAAUACACGAUUA